AUGGGGAAGGAGAGAAGGGCAGCCAAAUGCAAGGGGAAUGGCAGGCCUGAUCUUAGUGGUGGCAACAGACGUUCAUGGAAAGUGGUGGUACUUCCACGCCAUACUGGUGGCCAGUGUCCUUUGGGAAUCAUGAGGACAUGGUUGAUGUUCAGAUUCAUCUGGUUUGCCAAGCCAUCUGGCCGGCACUUUCACAAAGAUCAUCAGCGUUGGGCAUCUCUGACACUUGCUGACUUUGAAGCCAUAAAUCGCUGUGACAGGUCGUUGCCUAAGAACUUUAACUUUGCUGGGGAUGUGCUGGACCAGUGGUCCCAAAAGGAGAAGGCAGGGGAGAGACCAGCCAAUCCAGCCCUUUGGUGGGUGAAUGGCAGAGGAGAUGAAGUGAAAUGGAGCUUCAGAGAACUGGGCACCUUGUCUCGAAAGGCUGCCAACGUACUCACCAAGCCCUGCGGCCUGCAGAGAGGAGACCGAGUGGCUGUGAUCCUGCCCCGAAUCCCGGAGUGGUGGCUUGUAAAUGUGGCUUGCAUGAGAACAGGGCUUGUCUUUAUGCCGGGAACAAUCCAGCUGACAGCAAAAGACAUCCUCUACCGGCUACGCGUGUCCAAGGCCAAGUGCAUUGUGGCCAGUGAGGAAGUGGCCCCAGCAGUGGAGUCCAUCGUGUCAGAGUGUCCUCAUCUGAAGACCAAACUCCUGGUGUCUCCAGAGAGCCGGAAUGGGUGGCUCAGCUUCCAGGAGCUAUUUCAGUCUGCCUCUGAAGAGCAUAGCUGUGUAGAGACAGGAAGUCAAGAACCAAUGGCCAUUUAUUUCACCAGUGGGACCACAGGCUCUCCCAAGAUGGCACAGCACUCUCAAAGCAGUCUUGGCAUUGGAUACACCCUUUGCGGAAGAUACUGGCUGGAUUUGAAGUCCUCAGAUAUCAUAUGGAACAUGUCUGACACUGGCUGGAUCAAGGCCGCCAUUGGCAGCGUGUUUUCUUCUUGGCUUCAGGGGGCCUGUGUUUUUGUGCAUCGGAUGGCCCAGUUUGACACUGAUACUUUCCUAGAUACGCUUACCACUUACCCCAUCACUACUCUGUGCAGUGCUCCCACUGUGUAUCGGAUGCUUGUGCAGAAGGACCUCAAGAGAUAUAAAUUCAAGAAUUUACGGCACUGCUUGACCGGAGGAGAGCCACUCAAUCCAGAGGUGCUGGAACAGUGGAAGGCACAAACUGGGCUGGAGCUGUACGAGGGCUACGGACAGACAGAAGUGGGAAUAAUUUGUGCCAAUCAGAAGGGACAAGAAAUUAAACCAGGAUCAAUGGGGAAAGGAGUGCUGCCCUAUGAUGUCCAGAUUAUAGAUGAAAAUGGCAGUGUCCUACCACCUGGCAAGGAGGGGGAAAUUGCCCUCAGAGUCAAGUCUAUACGGCCCUUCUGUUUCUUUUCUGAAUAUGUGGACAAUCCAGAGAAGACUGCUGCCACAAUAAGAGGAGACUUUUAUGUCACUGGAGACAGAGGAGUAAUGGACACUGAUGGGUAUUUCUGGUUUGUCGGCAGAGCAGAUGAUGUCAUCAUAUCCUCUGGGUACCGUAUCGGGCCAUUUGAGGUGGAGAGUGCACUCAUCGAGCACCCAGCAGUUGUUGAAUCGGCUGUUGUCAGUAGUCCAGAUCCAAUCCGCGGAGAGGUGGUGAAAGCUUUUGUUGUCUUAUCAGCACCCUUUAAAUCCUCCAAUCUAGAGGAAUUAACUCUUGAGCUUCAGGAUCAUGUUAAAAAAUCAACUGCACCUUACAAAUAUCCAAGAAAGGUGGAAUUCGUUCAAGAACUCCCAAAGACAAUCACUGGGAAAAUCAAACGCAAUGUUUUAAGAGACCAAGAAUGGGGAAGAAGAUAG